AUCCAUAUCAGUGUAGACUUGACUUCAGAUCGAAGGGUAACGAGGCAUUCACCAGUCGUUCAGCGUCGAUCUUCAUAUUUGGUCAUCUAGCGCCAUCCGGGUUGAGAAAAAUAGCCCCAAAAACGGGAAUAAAGUGGCAAACCCUCUCAGCAUUGUGAGAAUAGACAGCUUUUUUAAAGUACGGACACGCUUGCUUGAGGACGAGGCUUGCCUGCCUUGCUGUACAGUCUGCAUAUACUUCGUAUUCACAGAAGAGGCUAUUUACGCAAUCGCUUUCAAAGAUAUGAUCACCGACAACGAGCCGGAUGUUAUUCACACGGCUGGACCUGAUGCUGAAGAUCAAUUGGCGAAGGAGACGUCCAGCCAGGCAGAGAAUAAUAUAGACUGUCCUUCAUUGGGCCAGAUAUUGCCACAAUUGAGUCCCGGACCGUCAAUUCUACCAGUGCAGACAAUUUCUUCGGUCCCAGUUGACGAGCAAGCGACCCUUUUGCGGCGCUUAGAAGAUGCGCUUGCAGAGGCUACAGGCAGUGCUGAGAGCUUUGAGGAAGUGCAGACCAUUCUAAUUGAACUCUGGAAGUGCCGGUCGAGCUAUCUGGCGCAAGCAGCUGAUGUGCUGGCAAACGGGAGUAGAAACUCAUCCUGGAGAGUCCCAUACGGGCGAGCUGGCAUCUUGAAUUUCUUCCUUCAGAUCAUCGCCUCGAGAGAGUUUCAUGACAAUGAUGUACUCCUUCAUGCUCUACGGCUGGUCGGCAAUUCCUGUGCUGACACUGAUGAAAACAGAGCCCUUGUUGUCAAGGAUAACUAUACAGCUGCUAUUCUCAGCCGUCUUAGCCCAGAACUUGUGCAUGUCGUGAUUCCUGUUAUAUACAACAUCUGCAUCGAUUAUGAACCAGCCCAGAGUCAACUGGCUGCGAACAAACUAGUAUAUAUCCUUUUGAGACUAAUCAAGGAUGGCGUGCUCGAAGAUAAUGAGGCGCUUCUUGACUUCUCUUACGAACUCAUAGAGCUGCUCGCAGAGCAAGAACAAGGAAUCCGAGAAUCGCCAGGAGGAACAAUUCUACUUCUCUUGGAUCUUUUGUCUGAAGAUGGAGUUGCUCUCUCUCAAUUCGUAUGCCUUGCUAAUUCUCUUAUGACCUAUUUAGACAAGGAACGAUUCCAGGAUAUUUGUAUCGGUCAAUGUAUGGUUGAACGAGUGUUGUCUGUCCUCAAACAGUCAUUAUAUAUCAAAGCAGACCCUUCGUCAACUGGCGAUACCAAAGCAUUGGCGCAGCUGCAGCUGAAGAUCAACCAAACACUUUCAGAAGUCUCUGCAUCACCCAAAUUCUCCGAGGUAUAUCCCCUUGGGUCUCCUCUUGUUCAGACCUUGAAAGAUUGGCUGGCUUCCACGGAAGACCAACUUCAAAUCUGUUCAUGUGUGAUGCUGGGCAACUUGGCUCGAUCAGACGAGGUGUGCGAAGCGAUGGUGCGGAAGAUGAACAUACACACUACGUUGAUAUCAAUUCUGAAAUCUGAUGCUAGAGGCGCAGUUCUCCAUUCCGCACUUGGAAUUCUAAAGAACUUGGCUAUAGCUGGCGAUAACCGACAAUGUCUGGGCGAUGCUGGGAUCAUUCCCGCAGUCUCGCGCCUGUGGGGAUAUGAGACGGUUCCUCAAGUCCAAUUUGCUGCAACAAGCAUUGUUCGGCAAGUUAUCAUCUCAUCGACCGCGAACAUAUCGCGUCUGCUGGACUUUGCUCCUAUCGACGAGGACUCCUUAACCUCCGGACAGACAUAUCUUUCAUCGUUACUCUCUCUGUGUGAGAAAACAGACUCCACACCCAUCAAAACGGAGGUCGGACGGAUCGUAGCUUCCAUUUGCCGCACAAUUGUUCCAAAGUCUGGCGAAGCGGACAGCGAGGCUAGCACUCUCCUUGAGCGUCUGUUCACCAUGCACAAGGGCGUUGCGCUUCCAGUUGGUGCUAUGAUUGCUCAAUCGCAAUGGCCUGUGGUCAGGAGCGAGGGCUGGUUCGCCUUGGCUUUGAUGGGUUCAAGCAAACAUGGCACCGCUGCCGUUAUCGACUGCCUGCAGAAGCUGGACUUUUACCCGUUAUUGGAAGAGACAAUGAACACGCCUGUUUCCGACUCGGCGGAUGAAGCGGACAAAUCGAAGGCAGCCAAGGAUCGCGAUAAUAUCGUCGUCCUUAUUCAAGAGCUGCUGAAAAGUGAUACUAAUUCACUCCCAGCUUCUCAGAGAGCCACGUUGGAGAGGCUCAUGCAUAGCCAUGUCUCACAGCAUCUGCAAGGGACAAGACUGAAUUGAGACUCUGUCCCUUACCUCUCCUGUCUUCAACAUGGAAGCAGUUUCUAGAUAUAUAUGGCUAUAAAGACUAGCAAUUCGUGUUUACAUGCCAAAUCUUAGACCGUGCUGGUUAGACCUGACGGUUGGCGUCGUUUAUCUGUUUUGGAAGAGAAUUAAGUCUAUAAACAAGGUAUAACUAUCUUAUAUCAAGUCUGUAUAGAUGACAUGACAAUCAAUGAUGCGUGACCGAUCCAUUACUCCGGUA